AUUAGACGUUAUCGUUUCGCAAGCUUUUUUCUUUUUCUUUGCGGGUUUCGACACCGCUUCGGUUCUGAUGUGCUUUAUUGCUCAUGAACUGGCAGUUAAUCCAAAUAUUCAGAAUCGUCUGCGCGAGGAAGUACAGCAGCAUCUUGCUGAAGGAAACGGUGAGAUUUCUUACGAGUCGCUGUCGAAAAUGUCGUACAUGGAUAUGGUGGUUUCCGAGACUCUCAGAAAAUAUCCACCAACGGUUUUCAUAGACAGACGUUGUGCUAAGAGAUACGAGCUACUUCCAUCACGACCAGGAUGCAAGAAUGUAAUCGUCGAACCUGGCAAUAUAUUGAUAUUUCCCGUUUAUGCUAUACAUCGCGAUCCGAAGUAUUUUCCGAAUCCGGAUAAAUUCGAUCCCGAACGAUUUAAUGAGAAGAAUAAAGACAACAUAUUGCCAUACACUUAUCUACCAUUCGGUCUUGGGCCCAGAAAGUGUAUCGGCAAUCGAUUUGCUCUUAUGGAGACUAAGAUUCUGAUCGCCCAUCUUUUGCAAAAGUUUACUUUGAAGACUACGGAAAAGACCGUCGAACCAAUUGUAUAUACUAAAAAGGAGAA